AAACGCAGAGAACCGAAUCAAACCGUUUUCACUCACGCCAUCCGGAGACUGCGAUGAGCGAAACUGCAUAUGGAGGAAUCGAAGUCGGAAAAUAGUCUUGGUCUGAUUUUCGAUCUCCUCAACGCCGCCGGUUACGUAGACGCCACGGAAUCCGAUGUACCUCCGGCUGAGAAGCUCGUUGGUGGCCUCGCAUGGUGCAUCGCUGCUCUCAACCCCCCUGACCCGAGGCAAGGGAGCUUAAUAGGCAAUGUAGAAUGCAUUGAGGAAGCUUUAGGAUUAGUGGGAUGUCCUUACCCACUUAAACCUUCCCAUAUUCAUCAUCUUGACAGUGAAUUUAUUUUUCCUGUCGUACAAUGGCUCGUGGAUCGUGUUCAAUUGAAACACGAAGACGUUGGCAAUGAGGUAACAGACCUUUCCAAAACCCCGUUGAUGUACUGUCGAAUUAAAUUAUGCAGAACCUUCUGA